CUCUUGCAUCUCUUCUACUCACAGCGACCGGACGAAUCCGUCAACACAGGCUCAUUCGACUCCUAAUCACCACUUAAAAAUGUCUGACAAGAUUGUCAAUUCUGUCCCAUACCCUUUCACACUGCCAGACCCUCUACCAAAAGGUCAACCCUUUAACCCUUCGGUGCUUGAGAACAGCCGAGGCGCCAGACCAUCUGUCCAGGCCUCGAGACUGAGAGAGCUCUUCCAACAAGGAUACAGAUCACGAGAUAAGGCGUUGACAUUCGUGUUGUCUUAUGAUGGGCUUUCGUCGAGGCUGAUUGAGGAAGCUGGGUUCCAAGCCAUCUUUCUAGGUGGAUAUGCCAUGUCGGCAUCGGCGGGACUACCUGACGCCGGGUAUAUCGCUUUCGGAGAGGUUUCACAGAAGAUCGCGGAGGUAGCCAGGCAAGUGUCCAUACCCAUCAUGGUGGACGGAGAUACUGGCUAUGGAUCUCCUCUCAACGUGUACCGAACUGUUCAAGGUUUCGCCCAAGCUGGGGCAGCAGGUAUCAUGGUAGAGGAUCAGACUUGGCCAAAGCGCUGCGGACAUACGAAGGGAAAAUCUGUUGUCCCUCGAGCUGAGGCAUAUGCGCGAAUGCAAGCGGCCAUAGACGCCCGAAACGAAGGCAUCGACAUCGUCAUUCUCGCACGAACUGAUGCCCUGAUAGAAGGCUGGGACGAGGCCAUUGCCCGAGCCCUCAAGUUCAAGGAGAUGGGUGCGGAUGCCAUCUUCAUCGAAGCACUUCCCGACAGAGCAGCGAUGCAAAAAGCCAACGAGAUUGUCAAAGCGCCCAUGAUGGCCAACAUCAUCCAAGGAGCUUUGACUGAGAACUUAUCUGGAAAAGAUUUGGCCGGGAUAGGAUUCGCAGCAAUCGCUUAUGCGACCACCUUGGUCGCUGCCCAAUUAAAGAGCGUCAGGGAAGCCUUGGAAGACCUGAAGAAGGCCAUGCCCGUGGGUCCAGCUCCCGUCAUCGAGUCGUUCGAUGUGAUUUGUCAAGGCGUCGGGUUUGGAAAAUACUGGGAGAUGGAGAAGAGAUAUGCGCCAGAAAACUUCCAGGAGUAAGGAAAGCAGGCCAAAUCGACCGAAUGGCGACAUUGUCCGAUGGUCGAGCCUGGCUGCACUAUAGAUAGCAAUGCCCGCAUGAUCCAUGACCCAUCU